UCAAAGAGUCAAAGUCAUGUUUACGUCAAUUGAAAUUAAUAUUUUUCGCAAUAUCAAUUCAAUAGCCAUUUUGAAUAAUACUAUAAAAGAUAUGAAUAAAAUUAUUGAUUUUUAGAACAAAGGUGACCGAAAAAUCUGUACUUUAGAAGUACUUAGAAAGUGGCUUAAUAAAGAUGGCGGUAAUAAAUUGUGUUAAAAUACAAUAUAUCUAAAAGUUGUGAGAUAAUUAAUUAUUGAUAAGCUGGUAAAAUAGGUAGCACAAAAUGUCAGUAAAGGAAUUAAAAAGUCUAGAGAAUGAAAUGACAUUCAAAGAAGAACGGAAAGACCCCACCUCGUUUCUGCCAGACGAGCCUAUGACAUACGAAAUCAAGAAGAAAAAGAAGAAGAAGAAGAAAAACAAAGAGCGGGAUCCGUUCGGAGAUAUAGUGGUGAAGAAUGAUGAAGUAACUUUAGAGAUGCAGUUGGAUCCGGAAGUUAAUAUCAAAGUGGAGAAUAUUGAAGUGGAGUUAGAUUUUAAUGAUUUUGCAGAUAACGCGGGGCUAAUGGUUGAGGGACCGCAGAGCGAGGAAAGCCAAGAGCCCGAAGUGAAACUCGAAGCGCAGAGCCAUGAAGCCGUGCUGCUCACUUUUGAAAGCGUUGUCAACAAAACGUUGCUUGAAUACUAUCAAAAUGCCGAAUAUACGAAUGGAGAUGUGAAACCAAUGAUAGGUUUUAACCAUGAAGACAACUCUGUAUUCGGAUACAGCCAGGGUAUAGCAAUGGAAACUGCUCCUACGCAUGUGUGCAAAGUUUGCCACCUAGUCUUUCAAUCGCACAAAACUCUGCGAAUGCACCAAAAAAGAAAACACAAAGUUUUUAGGAAGUAUUUUAAGCAUGUUUGCGAUCAUUGUGGUAUGUCGUAUGAACAAAAGAACAGUCUAGUCGCUCAUAUUAGGAGAAAGCACGGUCCGGAUGCCACCCCGGAUGACAGGGAAGAGCGGACGUGUGAAGUUUGUUCCCUAGUCUUCAAAGGGAACACAAGGUUACGUAUGCACAUGAGAAGGAAACACGGAUCGUUUCAAGAUUCCUUCAAAUAUAGCUGUCAGAUAUGCGGUCUUACUUAUGAAAAGCAAAGGAGCUUAAUAGUGCACCAGCGAAGAAAACAUUCUUCUAUCAAGAAGCCGGUUUUGAACCAAUGGUUUAACUGUCCGUUUUGCCCUAAAAUUUUUACGAGACGUGAAACGUAUGUGAGGCAUGUUCAAAGGAAGCACAAAUUGGCCGAUGAAGAUGAUAUAAAAAAAGAAUUACCUGUGAAGAAGGAAGGAACUGGCGAAAUGAAAUGUGCGCAGUGUCCAUUGUUGUUCUCGUCGGUCAAUCAUUUGAAGUUACAUAUGAGAAGGAAGCAUAACGCGUUGACUGAGGAUUUUAGACUGAAAUGUAGGAUGUGCAAUUUGUCAUACAACAGGGUAGAGAGUCUCAAGAGGCAUGUGAGAAGGAAGCAUGCCGAGGGGUUGCAUUGCGAAGUGUGUAACAAACAGUUUGGCAGUCGAGAAGAAUACCUUAGCCACUCCCACGUGAAAAAACACGCAGAAUGUUCCAUUUGCGGAUUGAUAUUCGCUUCCGAAGGCAAUUUGGGGAAGCAUCAGAGAUUGACGCACAAGAUUGAUGUGCCGAAACACGUUUUCUGCAAUAUAUGUAACAAUGGAUUCUUUGAUAAUCGCCAGUUGAAGGCGCACUCGAUGAAAGUACAUUUGAAAGUGUCAUAUACCUGCACGUUCUGCAGUAAGGUCUUCAAAGCUAAAGAGAGUUACAGAAGGCAUUUGAUAUUUAAGCAUUCUGAGAAUAAUACUGUUAAGAAUGAAGUGCAGAAAUGCGACAGUUGCCCGGCUACAUUCCCUGACGAAUUUGAACUCUGCCGUCAUAUAAAUAGUGAACAUAGAAACGCUGAAGACAAGGAACAGAUACAUUUAGUCAAAGUGAAAGAAGAGGAAGGUGUGAAAGAUUUGUUCCGAUGCACGAGAUGCCCCGAAUCGUACACAACUUGGGAGCAAUUGCGGGUGCAUCACGAACAAAAUCAUCAUUUGCCGGAAGAAACGCAAUGUCAGAUGUGCGGUGAGAUGGUGCCAGGUAAUGCUUUGAAAAAGCACAUCAAAAUGAUACAUAUAGACGAGCCACAGUGUAAGUAUUGUGAAUUCAAAACGAAUAACCGAGCUAGUAUGACACAGCACAUUCUAAGACACAAGAAUGUGACAACGUUGCACUGUGACUACACAGGGUGUAGGUAUAAAACUUAUUACGAAGGUGCUAUGCAAAGACAUAAGCGGAAGCAUGCGGAAAUUGGAGUCAAACUUCAGUGUACGAAAUGUCCGUUCCAAACAAUGAAUAAAUACAUUUUGAGAUAUCACGAGGAAGCCCAUAUGACUGGUAAGAAGCGUUAUAUGUGCGACCAGUGUGACUAUGCAACGAUAUUGCCAGCUAAUCUGGUGCAGCACAAAUAUAAGCAUUCCGCAGAAAAAAGAUUCAAAUGCGAGGUUUGUCCGUUUGCAACUAAAUACAAUACGUCUCUAAGGUUCCAUGUGAAGAAGAAACACUGUGAUCUCCCAUCGCUCAGUUGAAUUUUUUUUUGUUAUUUUUUAUUAUUAAAAUAAUUUGGUGUUAGA